CUAAAAAAGAGGCUGUUAAAACAGACAAGGCACCAGCAGCAUUGGGACCAUAUUCUCAAGCAAUUAAAUCCAAUAACCUUGUAUUUGUUUCUGGGGUUUUAGGUCUCAUUCCAGAGACUGGGAAGUUUGUCUCAGAGGAUGUUGAGGAUCAGACCGAACAGGUAUUAAAGAACAUGGGGGAGAUACUGAAAGCUAGUGGUGGUGACUAUUCCUCAGUAGUAAAGACAACAAUAAUGUUGGCUGACUUGAAAGACUUCAAGAAAGUGAAUGACAUCUAUGCAAAAUACUUCCCUGCACCAUUUCCUGCUCGUGCAACAUACCAGGUAGCAGCAUUGCCAUUGGAUGCCAGGAUCGAAAUCGAGUGCAUUGCUGAACUACCGAAAAAGGUGGAGCUUCAGCCUUACCUUUUGAAUAACAAUUAUGAAGCUGAUAAUUUACCUGGGAUUGCUUUCAGGUUCUUGUUUGUUGAUACCAUGGAAGGAAUCGUUGUUAGAAGGGUCAUUCCCUCGGACAAUAGUUGUCUUUUCAAUGCCGUUGGCUAUGUUAUGGACCAUGACAAAAAGAAAGCUCCUGAGUUGAGACAGGUUAUUGCUGCAACAGUGGCAAGCAAUCCAGAAAAAUAUAAUGAAGCAUUUCUUGGGAAGCCAAAUAGCGAAUAUUGUACUUGGAUCCUUGACUCUGAGAAGUGGGGAGGUGCCAUUGAGCUCUCAAUAUUAGCAGAUUAUUAUGGACGUGAAAUUGCAGCAUAUGAUAUCCAGACCUCACGAUGUGAUUUGUAUGGUCAGGAGAGGAAGUACUCAGAAAGGGCCAUGCUGAUUUAUGAUGGACUCCACUAUGAUGCUUUAGCUAUGUCUCCAUUUGAGGAUGCUCCAGAGGAAUUUGAUCAGACCAUAUUUUCUGUACAAAAGGGCAGGACAAUAGGACCAGCUGAAGGUCUUGCUCUUAAUCUUGUUAAAGAGCAACAAAGGAAACGAAGUUACACCGACACUGCUAACUUCACUUUGCGCUGUGGGGUAUGCCAAAUUGGAGUAAUUGGUCAGAAGGCUGCUGCCAUGUAUCCAGCAGUGAACUAUUUUUGCAGGGACCAACAUUUUGUCUAG